AGUAGAUCUGCUACACCAGCAAACUAUCCUACGAUUCGAUUCCGCCUUAUCCGAUCCCCAAUUCUUCGUCUCGGAUUGCUUUCGACAUAGUCAGCGCUGUAUGCGCCUCUGGUUCAUAUUGUCCAUCGAUUUCUGAGGGCAACUAAGAACCCUUGCCUCGUUCUCGCGACGUGAAAUCAUCUCGAGCCUCAUCAACCACGAUCAUGGAUGAGAAUACGACCAUUCAAGGCGGCGUCGCUGACGACUCUCAAAUUACUUCUGGCCAGGAUGCGCCGGGCGACGUAGUUAAUGCCUCCGAUGCCCCCGCGUCACCGAAACCUAAAAAUGCCGGAGAAGAAGAUGAGGAGAUGGGGGGUACAGGGAACGAGACCAAGAAGGAGACCGAGGGCGGCGAGGAAUUAGCAGAUGUUGCCGCACAAUCAGGCGCUGAAGGCGGCUCUGAAGAGCAGACUGCGCAGGCUAAAUCGUCGCUCGAGGCUUCGGCACGCUCCCACCUGGUCUCUCAAACACACGCAAUCAUCCUCCCUAGCUAUUCGACAUGGUUCGAUAUGCACACAAUCCAUCCCAUUGAGAAGAAAGCACUUGCCGAGUUCUUCAACGGCAGGAACCGCAGCAAGACGCCUGCUGUCUAUAAAGAUUACAGAGAUUUCAUGAUCAACACCUACCGGCUAAACCCGAUUGAGUACCUUACUGUCACAGCAUGCCGCCGUAACCUUGCAGGCGACGUUUGUGCUAUUAUGCGAGUGCAUUCUUUCCUUGAGCAGUGGGGCCUGAUCAAUUACCAGGUGGAUCCCCAAACGCGACCUUCGAACAUCGGUCCCCCGUUCACAGGCCAUUUCCGCGUGAUUGCCGAUACACCACGAGGCCUCCAGCCCUUCCAGCCUGGGCCGAAUCAUUUUGUCAAGCCGGGCAAGCCUCUAGCAGCUACUGAGCGGGCGGCUUCUGCUACCCCCACAAAUAAGGCUGAUCUGAACCUAGAGAUUCGCCGCAAUAUUUAUGAUGACAAAGGAAAGGAGGUAACGCCUGCUGUCGAGGCCAAAGAAAAGCAAGCCAACGGCGAAUCAUCUGCCAAUGGCACCGGAGACGCCACCAAGGCUCUUGACUCGGCGUCACAAGAACCCAAGAAGAAGAUCCAGUGCUUCUCCUGCGGUAUUGACUGCACACGUCUCCGCUUCCAUUAUGCAAAGUCUACCCCGGCCACCGGUACCGCCGCUCCAGAUUCCAAGUAUGAUCUCUGCCCCAACUGCUUUUUACAGGGCCGAAUGCCGUCCAGCCAUAAUGCUUCAGACUUUGUCAAAUUAGAGGACUCUUCAUACUCAAGGAUCCCUGACCGAGAAGCUCCUUGGUCAGACUCUGAACUCCUACUCCUGCUUGAGGGUCUUGAGAACUUUGACGAGAACUGGGAACAGAUCGCCAAUCAUGUCGGCACAAGGACGAGAGAAGAGUGUGUGAUGAAAUUCCUCCAGCUUGAAAUUGAAGACCAAUACCUCGAAGAUAGCCCAGAGGUACGGGCUGGUCCCGGACGCGAGCCCGUCAGCCACAUUGAAAACCCGGUCUUGUCUGUUGUGGCGUUCCUUGCUCAAAUGGCGGAGCCUUCAGUAGCCGCUGCUGCCGCCGGCCGAUCUGUAGUCGAAAUUCGAAAAGAGCUAAAGAAACAACUCGACAAGGCACCUAGUGCAGACAAGUCCCAAGACAAGGGCAAGGAGAAAGAGAAGGAAGGCUCUGCCGCCGCUGUUAAGAGUGAAGAUUCCAUGGACGUUGACACGGCCCGCGAGGAGCCAAGCACAUCCACAGAAUCAUCCGACAAACAGCCUAAAGCCUCACUCGCCAACGUUGCUCUCGGUGCUGCCGCCGCGCGCGCCGGUGCCCUUGCAUCCCACGAAGAACGCGAAAUGACCCGCCUUGUCUCCGCUGCCGUCAAUGUCACCCUGCAGAAAUUCGAAAUCAAACUUCAACAAUUCAACGAGAUGGAAGAGAUUAUUGAGGCUGAACGCCGCGAACUUGAGCUCGCCCGCCAGCAGCUAUUCCUUGACCGUUUGGCUUUCAAAAAGCGCGUCAAGGAGGUUCAGGAUACGCUCCAGAAUAUCAGCCUCAAGGGACCCGGUGCGCCUGAUAAUGACCUUCUUGCUGAUGCCGCGACAGCUGGUAUCAACAAUCGGUAUAACUUCCAGCCUGGGCCUCAUGCUGCGGGGGCUCCUCAGCCUUUGAGCGCGACAGCGGGCACAGACUUCAAGACUUUGGAUCUGUGA